AUGUGGCGCUCCUCAGUCUCCACGGCCCCCAUCUGCACUCUGCAGAACGGCCAGUCCUAUUGGGACAACUCCACCGACUCCCCCUCAGCUUCCGCGACAACCUCCUUCUCUCUGCUGCCAUCGUCAGCCGCUGUUGUCUCCUCCUCCUCCUACUCAUCGUUCCAGCCCAUCACUGACGACGGUAGCACUGUUUGUAGUACCGCCGCCGCAGAUGGACAGGACCUGCACUUCUUUUCCCCGGUUCCCGACUAUCACCAACCCCUGAAACAACAUACUCAUCCCCAACAGCCGGCGUCGCUGCACAUGCAGUCGCAACACUACAAUCAUCAGCAGCCGCAGCAGCAUCCCAACUCGCAACCUCCACAACAUGGGACACCGGCUUCCUGCCACGAUCUCUCUCAGUCUGCUAUACCGAUGACCGCCUGUCUGUGA